AUGGGUCAGAUCCUGGUCGGAGGCGCUACGGCAGAGUGUCCUUCUCUGACGUGGGUGCUCUACGUUGGCGACAUAUUGACCAAGAAGGAUUGCGCUGCGCUCCGCAAGCUGACGUCCAACGCAGAAAUUUGCGCUGCCUACGGUACCACCGAGACGAGCCGCAGCGUGUCUUACUACCAGAUCAAGAGCCGCACCGAAGACCCGGAUGCGUUGGAUAAGUUCGGCGAUAUCGUCCCUGCCGGAAGGGGCAUAGAGAAUGUCCAACUCUUCAUCGUCAAUCGGGAGGAUCAUACCAAGCUUUGCGGCGUUGGCGAAGUCGGCGAGAUUAUGAUGAGAGCCGCGGAGAAUACUACGGAAAAGUUCCUCGACAACUGGUUUGCCGACAACAAAAUCUGGGUCGAGGCCGAUGACAAAGUUGCCAAUCACGCCAACGAGCUCUGGAGGAAGUAUUACAAGGGACCGCGCGAUAGGAUCUACCGGACUGGGGAUCUUGGGUACUUUUUUGACGACUCUGGUAACUGCGCUAUUACGGGCCGGGCUGACAGUCAGAUCAAGAUUCGUGGCUUUCGCAUCGAGCUCAGCGAAGUCGAUAGCAACUUGAGAGGAUACCAUUUAGUCCGCGAGUGCAACGCUGUCCCGACUUACUUCAUCUACAUGAACAAAAUGCCCUUGAACCCCAACGGCAAGAUAGACAGCUCGAACCUGCCGUUCCCGGACGCGGCCCUGAUCUCGGAUGAGGCGUCAGAGGAGGAUCUGAAGAGAUGGGAAACAUUCAGCAACACCGAGAAGACUCUUCGCCCUGACUCGGAUUUCUUUGAGAGCGGUGGGCAUAGUCUGCUGGCACAGCAGCUUCUUCUCGAUAUCCGCAAGAAGCUUGGUGUCAACGUGUCCAUCAGCUCACUCUACUCCGACUCAUCUCUCAAGGCGCUCAGCGCACAAGUCGACCGCCAGCGCGAGGCCAAGGAUGAUCCGGGCGCGACGGAGGAUGGCGAGUCUGCAUAUGCCCAGUCGCUCGACAAGCUGCGUGGCGGCCUCGAUUCCAAGUAUCAGACGGCGGACCCUGCGGCACUCUCACCGGCAGGCAAGACCACCGUCUUCGUGACCGGCGCCACGGGUUUCCUGGGCUCUUAUAUCGUCAAGGAUUUGCUUGGGCGUGAGAACAUCAGCGUGAUCGCUCAUGUCCGCGGAACGAAGAGCGUUCAAGCCGCCCUGGAGCGACUUCAGAGGUCACUUCGCGGAUACGGCGUAUGGCAGGAUUCUUGGACCACCAGGCUAAGUGCAGUUGCCGGUGACCUGUCGCAGUCGCGCCUAGGACUUGACGAUAAGACAUGGAACGAGGUUGGCGACGCUGUGGACGUGGUUAUCCAUAACGGCGCCCUGGUUCACUGGGUGAAACAGUACAAGGACCUUGAGCCUCAACAAGCGUUCUGGACACAGAUCACUAUGCCGCACGAGCAGACCUGCACAGGACAAGGCGCUGUGAUGGAAGCAGAUGACAUGAUGGGCAGUCGCUCCGGUCUUGGAAUUGGGUACAAGUGGGUUUCUGAACAGCUCGUCCGCGAGGCGGGCGGACGCGGCCUCCUCGGAUCCAUCAUCCGACCUGGCUAUAUCCUCGGGGACGCCACCACUGGUGUUUGCAACACUGACGACUUUCUCGUCCGCAUGCUCAAAGGGUGCCCGGCCGAAACUGCAAGCAGCAGCAGCAGCGACGUCGAUGUUCACGUUGUCCACGUCACUGGCCACCCGCGCCUCCGCAUGAACGAAUACCUCUCCAUCUUAAGCUACUACGGCUACGACGUGCCCGAAGUGGACUACAACACCUGGAAGGCCCAGCUUGAGACGUUUGUCUCUGCUGGCUUCGUUCAGAAAGACGAAGAGCAGAGCACCUUGAUGCCGCUCUUCCACAUGGUCACAAACAACCUUCCAUCAACCACCCGCGCGCCAGAACUCGAUGAUCGCAACGCCGUCACUGUACUUUCGGCCGAUGCGGACCGGUGGACUGGUGUUGAUGAGAGUGCUGGUGAGGGCAUUAGCAGGGAAGCUGUCGGCCGCUUUCUCAGGUACCUAGCCGAGACGAAGUUCUUGACAUGGCCGACUGGUCGGGGCAGAGAGCUGCCAGCCAUCAAGGCUGAUGUUGUACAGGCACGGGCGCAAUGGUCGCCCGGAUAUCGUCCUCGGAAUAGGUAA